UGCACGUUUAAGAUGAUUAGCCCUUACUUCCAAGUUCAAACGUUGUUUCUGAUCACACCACUUGUCGCUAUGUAUGGCAGCAAUGCGUGUAAAGAACUGUCAAGCUGGAAAAUCAAACAAAAACUGGGCUACAACCCAAGUGAAUCUGAUAUGUCUUUCAACAUGAUCCCUCCAUUCUACAAAAGAACGAAGUUAAAGAAUUCUGCAAAUAAACACAAACUGAAGGAAAAAAAUACAAGACUGUUCGGCAACAGCACCUGUCCCUCCACCCUCAAUACCUCUGAAUUUCACAUGAUGUUUCGGUCAAGUUGUCCGUGGUUUAUAGAACUUUCUGUGGACAAAACCAGAAUUCCUGUGACAAUGGCCAAGGCUAGAUGCAGAUGUAGCAAUUGCAAUAUGAAUGUUUUACCAAGACAGCCUUAUCCUCCCCAUCCUGAUUUCUCGUGUGACACUGUGAAGACUUACAGAAGAGUACUGAGAGAAAUUCCAAAUGGCUGUGAUAGAAAUGGAUUCAAAAACUACAAGGUAGACAUCGAAGAAAUACCUGUCGCGUGCACGUGUGUGGCGGCACGGGAGGCUGGAAAGUGAUCAGCUUGAUAUUGUAUAAUUAUGCCUAUGUGAUACAUAUUAUGUUCUUGUGUGGGUUUUUUCGAGUCAUUCUGAUGCCUACUAGUUUAGUCUGUUACUAGUAUAUAACUUCGUCAUUUUCAAAAUAAAUGAAUUUUUUUCAAUACACA